AUGGACAGCUGCAGCAAUAUCCGCGCCAGCAGCACAAGCCACAGCAGCAAAAGCAACAUCAGCAGCAGCAGCAACACAAACACCAGCAGCACGAUCCGCAACAAACAGCAGCAGCAGCAGCAGCAGCAGCAGCAGCAGUACAAUCAGCAGCAGCACCAGCCCAAUCAGCAGCCCAAUCAGAAGCACAAUAAUAAUAACCAUCAUCAUCAGCAUCAUCAGCAUCAGCAGCAUCAGCAGCAGCAGCAUCAGCAGCAGCAGCAGCAGCAGCAGCAGCAGCAGCAGCAGCAGCAGCGCACCUGA